CGCUGGCACUCAGCCGAGCACGGCUCCAAGUCGAAAGUGUACGACUUCAACGGGAUCAAAAGCCUAAUCGAAGCGCCCACGCACGACGCGCUCCUAAUCGACGUGCGCGAGCCAGCCGAAUACGCCGCGGGCUUCAUCCCCACCGCCAUCAACAUCCCGAUCGCGUCGCAGCCGGACGCGCUGCUCCUCGCGCCCGAGGAGUUCGAGGACCGCUUCGGCUUCGCGAAACCCCCGCCCGGCAAGCACCUGGUAUUUUACUGCAAGGCGGGCGUGCGCAGUAGUGCGGCGGCGCAGCUGGCACAGCAGGGCGGGUUUGAGAGCGUCGGUGAGUAUCGUGGCAGUUGGUUGGAUUGGGAAAGGAAUGGGGGC